UUUUCUACUGGCAACUUUUGUUGCUACGUCGAUCGUUUCUGUCAAGCUUUGCCGGCGAUGAAUUCGUUUUUAUUUAUUUUCUAAGAAGAAAGUUAAAGGAAUCCCGGAAAUAAUUUAGGAAUAAAGUAGGAUUAUACAAAUUCUACUUUUAAAAUGUACUUUCGUGCAUUUGUAUUAGUAAGCAUCGUAGCACUAGGCCAUGCCAACACACUGCCGGGCACGAUCGACGUGAAGCGGCUGGAGGGCAUCCUGCAGGAGAACCUGAAGAGCAAGGACCUCAGCUCCCUGUACUAUGCGGUGAAAGGCCUGAAACAGCUCAACGCCAAGAUCCCUAACAUCUGCGAGGACUUAAAAACUAUAAAAUACGACCUCAAGAACAUUGAGCAAGUGUACUACCUCACCAACACGGCGGCCCUCUCCAACUGCCUCAACUCCCUCAAGCCCGAGGUCCUGAGCGCUCCCGCCCAGACCCUGGACAAGAAGGACGCCACCAUCCCGGAGCUGUACUACGCCGUGUACUCGCUGAAGGCUCUCGGAAAGGGCUCCGUGUAUGACAAGGAGGAUGGGCUUAAGAAUCUCAUUCAGUUGCUGAAGAAGGAUGAUUCUCCGGCUAAUUACGGCUACGUGUUCGGGCUCUGCGAGCACAUGGGCUGCCUGGCGUGGAGCGCGGCGCACGCGGAGGGCGUGCUGCUGGCCGCGGACGAGAGCGACGCCAGGGCCCUGCACUUCGAGGGAGGCCUACCUGUCACUUCUCUAGUACUCUCCACCGUACUCAGGACGUACAAGUCCCUGUCGAAGCCAUCGCCCCUGACCUCGGAGCAGAAGCUGAAGUUCGCCGCGUACCUGGUGUCGCGGCGCUCCGUCAACACGGCGCGCGGGGCGGCGCUGCUGCUGGGCGCGGCGCAGGCCCUCGCUGACGACCAGCCAUCACCCAUCUCCAUCGCCAUCAAAGGCAAAAAGUACAUCUCGUCCGACUCGGACUCCAUCGAGAUCUCCAUCACGGACCUGCUCGGGCGCCCCGUCAAGGGCCUCAAGGCCGACAAAGUCGUCGCCCAGUCCGGCACCAGACUCGCCGAUGACGUAGUUGUGCUGUCUAAACAACCUUUAACACAGAAGCCGAACGAACCUACAACUUUCAUCCUGAACUUAAGCAAGAUUAAAGCUCAAUAUGGCUUGUACAAGAUAGCCCUAAGCGCGGAUAGUAAGACGGCCAGCGUGAAUGUAGCAGUGCUCGGAGAGAUCCAGGUGGGGAGCGUGGAGGUGGGCAUCGGGGACGUGGACGGGACGACUAGUCCGAGGCUCACCACGGUGGCCUACCCCAACAAACUGGCGGAAAAGCUGCAGGCGGACCAUAUGCAGAAGGUGACCCUGAAGCUGACCGUGAAGGACAAGUACGGAGCCCCGGUGCUGGUGCAGCAGGCCUUCGUGCGCGUGGCGCCCGCGGCGGCGGCGGCGGCGACCCCCGACCUCGAGGCCAUCUACGUGGCCGAGCCUGACAACGCCAAGGCCUACAAGGUCGACCUGAACGUGGGUGCCAUCUCGAAGCACCUGAGGCACGGCUCGGGCGCCUACUCGCUCACGCUGUACCUGGGGGACGGCGCCGCGGCCGCGCCCAUCGCCUGGCACCUCGGCGACGUGCUGCUCAACUUCGGACAUGAAGUCGCGUUACCUGCAACCCCAGCUCCGGCCAGUCGCGGCCCGCUCCCCGAGAUCGGGCACCUGUUCCGCUCGGCGGAGCCCCGGCCGCCGCGGCUCGUGUCCGACGUGUUCGCGGCGGCCUGCGCCGCGCCCCUGCUGCUGCUCCUCGUGCUGUGGGCCAAGCUCCGGGUCAACCUGUCCCACAUGCCGCUCACACCCAGCAUGCUGCUCUUCCAUCUAGGCUUGGGAGGUUCCCUGGCGCUGUACGGCGUGCUGUGGCUGCGGCUGUCCAUGUUCGAGACGGCGCGCUACCUGCUGCCGCUCGCCGCCGUCACCUUCCUGGCCGGCCACCGCCUGCUGCGCCGCCUGGUGGCCGACAAACAACACUAA